UUUUUUAUUUAUGCUCUAUCACUAUUCUUUGUUCUCUCUCGUGUUUCUUAUGUUCAUACGUUGGUGAAGGGGACCUCUUCAUUUUCACUUUGCUCAGCUUUUCAUUAAACCUUUGUAACAGGCUUAUUAAUAUCUAGGAAACACAUUAUUUUACGUGGUUGGUUGGAAAUAAGAUUCCCCAUACACCAUUGUGUCAUCAUUGGUCAAAAUGAACUUUGCUUAACGGUGCUAAGUUCAUCUGAUAACAACAAAUCUUGUUGCUUGGUCUAAUCCUAUUCUGAUUGCUGAAUAAAUAUUUGAAAUGGUGAAUGGAUUCUAAAUCUCUAGCUAUCUAUAUUUCUGUGCUGUUUCAAUGCUAAUAACAGAUCUCCUUUCUAAUAUAUUCAGGUUCUCCCUUUUUUUCUGGUGGUGGAUUUAGAACUGACUUAUGUGCAGCAAAGUUUUGCAGAUCUAUUUCUCACUGUGUCAAAAAAUUCCUAUUUACAGAUAGCGAAGAACAAGCAGUAUGACAUGCAUGUUGAAGUUACAACAUUAAAACAAGAGAAUGGCAAGACAUUUGGUAAUGAAGAGAGAAUGUUUGAGGGAUACAAAACAUCUGAAGGGUUUAGGAGAGAAGACUUUGCAAAGAUGAAUUCUUUCUUAGGAGAAGAGAUUUUGAGAACUGUUGAUACUGCUACUCAGUUGGAAUGUUUUCCAGAAGAAUAUGAUGAUAUUAAAUUUCAAGGUCUUCGACAUGAUGUAACUGCCAGACAGUUGAUUGAAGUUAAACUUCUAGAUAGGCUUACUGUUGAGCAUCUCCAUUCAGGGCAGAAAACUAUUGAGGAGGUUCAGAAAAGUCUUGAAAAAUUUUUAACUAAGCCUACAGCUAUAGCGGGAGUGUACCUUGAAUCCAGCAAAGAAAUACUGUCUUUUUCUUUAGCAACAAAGAGAAGAAUCAUAGGGAAGGCACUGGCAUUAGCAUUUUUAGAGGCCCAAGCAGCUACUGGUUUCAUCAUUGAUCCUACAACAGGUCAGAAAUUCUCUGUUGAUGAUUCAGUUGUUAGAGGGCUUGUAGAUAAUGAAUUCAAGAGUAGACUGCAUGAAGCAGAGAAAGCUGUUUUGGGAUAUUGCUGCUCUGGUAAAGUGGUAUCUGUGUACCAAGCUAUGGAAGCUCGAUUUCUAGAAAGACAAAAGGGUAAAAAUAUCCUUGAAGCUCAAAUUGCAACUGGGGGGGUUAUUGACCCCAUUAGAAGUGUUCGUGUACCUCCAGAAACUGCAGUGCAGCUUGGCUUGCUUAAUAAUACGAUUUUGAAAUUUUUGCAUGAACCUUCUAGUAAUGCAAAAUGUUUUCAUAAUCCAAACAACAGGAAAGCUAUGUACUACUGUGAUUUGCUAAAAAUGUGUUUGUUCAGUGUUAGCAGUAAUUGUUUACUGCUUCCAAUUGGUGAAAGGAGAAUAAGCAGCCCAUCAGCAGAGAAAAGUCAUAGAAUUUCUGUAGUAGACAUCAAAACAGGAGCUGAAAUGACUUCCUAUGAGGCUUAUAAAAAAAGAAGUGUUGAUAAAGCUACGUAUCUUGAGCUUUCAAAACAGGAAUUUGAUUGGAAGGAGUCUACGUGUUUUGAUUCAGAUGGGAGUUCUUUUAUUUUGCUUACAGACCAUAAAACUGGUGUGCAGUUUAAUGUUGAGGAUACCAUAAAUCAGGGUAGAAUUGACAGAGCAUUAGUCAAUAAAUACAAAGAAGGCUUAAUCACAGUUAGUGAGUUGGGAGAUAUUUUACUUAGCAGUUCACAACCAAAGAAAGAUCUAAACAGUCCUAUUGCAGGAUUUUGGCUUUCUGAAACCAAUGAAAGAAUUCCAGUUUUAAAAGCCUCACGCAGAAAUCUGGUAGAUAGAGUUACAGCCCUCAGAUGUCUUGAAGCUCAGGUUAGCACAGGAGGCAUAAUUGAUCCAUUUACUGGGAAAAAGUACAGUGUUUCAGAAGCUUUGCAAAGGGAAUUAAUUGAUGAUGGUUGUGCCAAGCAGAUUCAGCAAUGUGAACUAAUCUUUACUGGGAUCAUUCACCCUGUAAGGAAUACAGUUAUGUCAGCUGUUGAAGCUAUGAGUACGAAUGCCCUAGACAAGGAGAUGGGUAUGCGCUGCCUGGAGUAUCAGUACCUGACUGGUGGGUUGAUAGAUCCGAAAUCUCAUUCCAGAUUGACAAUGGAAGAUGGGAUUAAGUGUGGUGUUAUUGAUGCUGUCACAGCUACAAAGGUAAAAGAUGAAAAUUUGUAUGUUAAAGUUAUAACGUGCCCCAAAACAAAGAAGAAGCUAACCUACAAAGAAGCUUUAGAGAGUGCUGUUUUUGAUUGCCACACUGGGCUACGAUUGUUAGAAGCAGCUCAGCCCAUGAAAACAGGAAUUUCUAGUCUGUACUAUGCUUCAUAAUAGAGAUGAUAGUACUCAUUUGGGGCCUGAUUUAAAAUCGAUUCAAGUUAAGGAAAAGAUCUACAAUGACUUCUGUGGAAGUUAUAGAUUAUGUUGUCUAGUGUAGUUGCUUUAAAACUAAUUAAACAGCUAAUUAGUAUAUACUGGUAACCUGGAAUUAGAUGUUACUUGUUAUAAAGUAUAAAUCUUUAGGUAAAGUAAAGCAAAUUUAUAAUGUCAAAAAGCAGAGCGUGUUCAGGGGUUACCUGAAGGCUUUAUCAGACAUUACCUUCAUGUAGGCAUUAAAAACUGGAAGUUAUAAAUCAGUGAAGCUACUGUAUGUGUGAAAUGCAUACAUUUAGGUGAGAUGAGUGAGAUUCUUCCAUUAAAAAUUGAAGAGAUUGCCCAUUUUGUGAGUGAAAACAAUGCAGUAUUUCAUACAACCCAAUGACUUCAUUUAGUAUUACAAAUCAGUUUGCAAAUGUAAUUUAUUGUACAGGGGUGGCAAAACAGUAUCCAAGAGUUAAAUCUGCAAUUCACUAAGCACACACAAAUAUUUUUUCUCAUGCUGGUAUUUUAUUAAUUUAAAGGGCCACUCAUAUCAUAAAAUUUCAUAUCCUAUUUUUUUUUCCUACACUUCAGGUAAUUUAACAGUAUUUUGUCAUACUCUAAUAGACAAAUGAAUUACAAUUGCAUGUCCAGUUAAAAAAAAUCCAUUGAAAUAAAAUAUUUUCAUUUUCACUUGUGGCACAUGGAAGGGCUUAGGUGUGUUUUCUAAGUACUGCUAAACUUCAAACUACUCACAUGUUGUGUUACUAUGAAAAUAUAUGUAUUUUCCUAUGCAGAAAAAGACGAUUUUACUUUUAUUGUCCUUGUUUCUAUAGACACAGAAGCAGUGUAUUCUUCUGAGCUGUAAUUUAAUAAUCCAUGUCUAUAGAUUGCUGAUACUGAUAUCCUAUGCUGGCUGUAGAAAUCCACUCCUGAGGGUAAUGCAAAGGCAGCAAUUCAGAGAUGCUUUAUAUGCAAAUGUUGUUUAGAUUUCAUCUGCUGAGUAAUUGCUGGGAAACUGUGCUUUUUCUUUAUAUCAAUCAUUGUAUAAUGAAUGUACAUGUGCGUGAAUAAGCAUCUUAAUUAGAAAUCUUUUGAGCAAUUAUUCUGUUAAUGUUGAUAACAGUGUGGCAUUUUUGUUCUUACUUAAAAGUGUUGCAGUAAUGCAUGUGGUAAUAAUAAAAAAAAAAUCACUUUAAGUGUAUGUGGUAAUACUACCAUUUUGGUAGAACUGUGUUUCUAUUGAUGUGAAUGUUAAAUAUUCCAACAACUUACAUUUACAUGUGUUUUACAAUUUGCGGUGU